GGGCCUGGGCGGGCUAUUUCUUAGUACGGCGGCGGCGGCGGCGGUGGCGGUGGCGGCGGCGGCUCGGGGGACCGGGGCCUUUUGUUUGGAGCGGCUGCGGGGGGCCACGGAGCGGAGAGGCCCGCGGCCUCCCCCAGCUCGCUCGGUCCCGGCCGCCCCUUGCGGGGUUGCGGGGCCGCCCCGUGGGCCGCCCGUCGCCUCAGGCGCCGCCGCCCCGCCCUAGGCCCGCCCCGCCCGGCCUGAGGGGAGGAACCGGCCGGCCGGGCCUCGCCGCGCGGCCCGACCUGCUCCGGAGUGUUCCCUGGUCUUCGCUGCGCUCUGCACCCGAGGCUACUCCUCGCGCCUUAGGCCGACGCCAUGAAGAUCAAGGAUGCCAAAAAACCUUCUUUCCCAUGGUUUGGCAUGGACAUUGGGGGAACUCUAGUGAAGCUCUCAUAUUUUGAGCCUAUCGAUAUCACAGCAGAGGAAGAACAGGAGGAAGUUGAAAGCUUAAAAAGCAUUCGGAAAUAUUUGACUUCUAACGUAGCAUAUGGAUCUACUGGCAUUCGGGAUGUACACCUUGAACUGAAGGACUUAACACUUUUUGGACGAAGAGGGAACUUGCACUUUAUCAGAUUUCCAACCCAGGACCUGCCUACUUUUAUCCAAAUGGGAAGAGAUAAAAACUUCUCAACCUUACAAACGGUGCUGAGUGCUACAGGAGGCGGUGCUUACAAGUUUGAGAAAGAUUUUCGCACAAUUGGAAACCUCCACCUGCACAAACUGGAUGAACUUGACUGCCUUGUAAAGGGCUUACUGUAUAUAGAUUCUGUCAGUUUCAAUGGACAAGCAGAAUGCUAUUAUUUUGCUAAUGCCUCAGAACCUGAGCGAUGCCAAAAGAUGCCUUUUAACCUGGAUGAUCCUUAUCCACUGCUGGUAGUGAAUAUUGGCUCAGGAGUCAGUAUUUUAGCAGUUCAUUCCAAAGACAACUAUAAAAGAGUGACUGGAACAAGCCUUGGAGGGGGCACCUUUCUUGGUUUAUGCAGUUUAUUGACUGGCUGUGAAAGUUUUGAGGAGGCUCUUGAAAUGGCAUCCAAAGGUGACAGCACCCAAGCUGAUAGACUGGUCCGAGAUAUUUAUGGAGGAGAUUAUGAAAGAUUUGGUCUGCCAGGUUGGGCUGUGGCAUCUAGUUUUGGAAAUAUGAUUUAUAAGGAGAAGCGAGAAACUGUUAGUAAAGAGGAUCUAGCGAGAGCUACUUUAGUUACUAUCACCAAUAACAUUGGCUCUGUGGCAAGAAUGUGUGCUGUUAAUGAGAAAAUAAACAGAGUUGUCUUCGUUGGAAACUUUUUACGUGUCAAUACUCUCUCUAUGAAACUUCUGGCAUAUGCUUUGGAUUACUGGUCAAAAGGUCAAUUGAAAGCAUUGUUUCUAGAACAUGAGGGAUACUUUGGAGCCGUUGGUGCACUUCUUGGACUGCCAAAUUUCAGCUAAAACAUUAGAUAUUCACUAAGAAAUGUCAUCCAGGAGGAACUGGUCCAGAAACUGCGUUCAUUGUUUGUCACUGGGAACCAAAGGAUGAAAGAGCUACGCUGUAUGUGUUGAUUUUAAAUGUCAGAAUGGUGAGCUCAAGAGCUUUGCUGCCUGGGAAGACCUCUGUAAUGGGAAGUAUUCCUCAUUGAUUGUCCCCUUGUGUGUGUAUAUAGCCAGUGUUCCAUCUUAAAUGCAAUACAGCCUCUUGAUUGUUGAACUUUUCUCAAAAAAUGAUUUUCUAUUUAUUUGAUGUAGCCAACAUUGUAGUACUGUAUGCUCAAACACAAAUCUUCAAAUCUCAGAAAUGUUUGCUAAUGCAAAAUAAUUAAUACUAAAUAUUUGUUUGGAGUCUGUUUUAUGUAUGUUUGUUUACUAGUGAACAGGAAGUAACAUUCUCUGUAUUAUAAUUUAUUGUACUGGCAAUCAAAGGUGAUCAUUUUCUAUGACUUUAGAAAUGUUAAGGCAAUAUUAAGUAUUAACUGUGGUAGUAGUUUUAUAACAUAUCCUCCUCAAAAAAGCAUGUGUCUAUGACUUUUUUCCCCAUAAGUACAGUUUUCUCUCAGUUGAUGAGUGGAAAUACUGUGUUUAAACACGAACCUGAAUUUUUCUUUUGAUUCUCUGAAAUUUUUGCACAUAUUUGGUGGUGUUACAUUUUUUUUAUGUCAUGCAUUAAUCAGUAUAUGUGUUAAGAUGUUUUAAAAUUGAGGGCAUUAUCGCCUUCUUUGGAAUCUGUCUAAUUAAGUCCUUGGACUAUUCAAAUGGAAUACAGUUAGAAUGAGCGAAAUUCUGUUCUCUUUCCUUACCAUGUGUAUCUCAGGCCCAGACAUACAUACUUCUUUCUUCCCAUUAAGUCUGAACUGUGAAAGCUUAUUUAAUCCUACAAACCAUAGUGAUGGACAGAAUCAGAUGUUGUCUAAAAGGAUGUUGUAAAACUGGGACUCGGAGACAAUAUUACUGAGUUACAAAUGGAUCAAUAUUCAUAUUUUUUGGCUAUAAAAGCAUUGAGGAUCCAAAAUUGAUGUUUCCUUCUGCCUUGGAAUUCUUGAUUUUGAAUUUCUGAUUUUUAUAAAAUUAAAUCUCUCAGAUUUUACAUUUGCAGUAACAUUUUGGAGGCUAGUAGCCAUAAAGUUGAGUCUGUAAAGGCAAUGGUCUUGUAUUAAUUACCAAUAUCUCUGGAAAUAACCUUAAAGAGGUUAGAAAUUGUUUACAUUUCAAAAAAUAUUUCAGUAUGGUUUCUGAGACCCCAGUGUUGAGUAGUGAGAGCUUUCUACCAGAUUGUCAAGAGGUGCUUGAUAAGACAGUUCUCCAUGUAGUAUUCAGAUUUUAUGUAGAGGUAUUUAAAGAUACGAACAUACAAAUAGUAUCUGCAGAGGGAAGCAUAUGAAGAUAAGUGUUUGCCCAGUAGACUGCUUGGAACUUGGAAAUGAGCCCACUUGAGUUUGUCUUUGUUAGUGUUUUUGUAGAAGUGGCCAGUUCCAGCUGGAAUGCCACUGAGUGCUUCCUUUGUUUAAAUGGUUUUGACUCAAGUGUUCAUGCAGAUAAGAAAAUAAUUAAAUGAUAGAAACUGCAGAUGUUCUACCUGUGGAAAUUCUAUAAAUCAGCAACUAUAGGUUUAGGACUAAGAAAAGAAUAGUGUUCAUAUUCACUUGAUCACUAUACUUUGAUUAAUGUGGAACUAACAUUUUAUCAUUUGGAACUGAAGGUACCUACUAAGAUCCAUGUAACAUGAACCAACUAGCUCAUUGGUUUACCUUUUUCCAAGUGUAAUCUGUAAUUAUGAAUUAAUAACACAGAAUCAUGAUUGAUAAAGGCUGCCAAGAUUCUAAUCUGCUUUACAUUGCUCUUGAGAAAUUCCCUGUAAACUUGUUGUUAUAAAUAGGUUUGCUUUUAAUAUCAGUCAGCCUGAUUGAAGGUCUGUGGUUUGGUUUUUGUUGUUUGUUUGGGGUUUUAUUUUAAGGUUUUUUUUUUUGUGUGUGUGUUUUGUUUGUUUGUUUUUGUGUUUUAGUUUUUCAAGACGGGGGUUUUUUGUGUAACAGUCCUAGCUGUCCUGGAACUCACUGUGUAAACCAGGCUGGCCUCAAACUCAGAUCCACCUCCCUUUGACUCCCUAGUACUGGGAUUUGUGUGCCACCACCACCCAACUAAGGUCUGUGUUCUUAAGCAGUGCUGUUUAAUAGAAAUAAAGUGUAAACCUUGUAUAAUUUUAUAUUGUUCAAUAACAUUAAAAACUAAGAUGAAAUAGAUUACAGUCAUUUUAGUACAUGUGGGUUUUAUGUCCUUUUUUUUCUUUUUAACCGAUGUAUCUAAUGUGUUAUUUCAGUGUGAAAUCAGUACAAAAAGUAUAUUGGGAGAUACAUUUUGCCCUCUUGCUUAUUUUUGUUUUUAAUUAUUUAGCCUUUGUCGAUGUACAUUUUAAAUGGCGCAUCUCAAUUUGAACUGACUACAUUUAAGAUUUCAUAACCAAAUACAUAAAUAGUGCCCACUGUGCUAGUGUUUUUCUUGAACUUCUGGUUUUAUUUUUGAGACAGAGUCUCAGCUAGUCUAGCCCUGGCUGGCCUGGAACUGGCUAUGUAGACCAGGUAAACCUUGAAUUCAAGAAAUCCACCUGCCUCCUGGCUACUGAGAUUAAAGGUGUGCUAAAAUUAAAAGAGAAUACUAUUGUGUGUCCAUGAGAACUUUAUUAAUAUGAGCUUUUAAAAGAAUGAGAUGGUGGGGGGGCUUUUUUUUUAAAUAUAAAGAAGGUCGUUUAUUUGAGACAGUUUAUUUUACACAGACAAGCUGUUACUAUUCCAAAAAUACUAUAUGUUGGCAUUGUGUCAUCUCUUGUAUGGGAUUUUUCUAAUAUCUGAUACUGAUAAAACUGCCUGUGAUAACCCUAGUAGUUAACAAUCUCCAAACUAAUGGAUUUCCUUCAUGGAAGCAAAAUUAAUUUCAGGGACUUAGUUUCUAAAGUUUCUGAGUUUUGUGCAGUCAGUUUUGAAGGAUUGCUCAGAAACACUUUUUAACUCAUUGCUGUCUUUUAUAUGUACAGAGAAUCUUUAUAAAAAUUCUGAUUAACUUCAAAUGCUAAGAGCAUUGUCAGCCAUGGUUUUGGUGGUAAAAUACACAUACAGAUCUAAAGCACCACCACUCCUCCAGAGUGUUGCCUUUUAACUAGCCGAAUCCCAGGCUUCUAAUACACAGGUCACAUAGGUUAGCACAGCCUUUCCCUCUGUUACUCUAAGUAGGUGGGGAAGUAGUGGGCCCCUCCUUUGGAUAAAGUCAUUGCCGAGGUCAGUAAUGUGCAUGAUAAUUGAAAGCCAACCUCUGGAGGUUCUCAUUAUUUGCAAAACUUGGACUCUUGAAAAACUCUUAAUUGAUGUUGCUCCUGAGAAUGCAUAUGUUCGCUGUGUUUGAGGAACCGUUCCUAAAAGGUAAUGCUGUUUGGGGGUUACAUUCUUGGGUUAAAAGCUUGGCCUGGCCAUAGUUUCCAAAUGUCCCCUAUAAAACCACUUUGUUAGAAACAAAGUUUUUUCAUAUUAGUUUAUUUGUAUCUUUCUUUUGUUGAGCACUUUAUCUUUGUUAGUGUGUUGCAUUUGCGAAUAUAAUUCAGAAAUUCUAAGUUAUGUUAAAAAUUGAUGAAGCUUAAUGAAAAUGAAUGUCCAUUACUUUGCAUUCAACUUUUGUGCUAUAUGUAAACAAAAUAAUCAAAAUAUAUUCUUUUUGAAAAUACUCGAUUUUAAGAUGAUUGCUUCAAAAUGUCAGUGUUUUCUUUUCCCAGCCCAGUCAUUUGUGUCGUCAGAUAAUCUUUGGUUUGGUUUUUCUGGGUUGUGGGUUUUUUGUUGUUUGGUUUUGUUUUGUUUUGGUUUUGCUUUUUGAGACAGUUUCUCUGUGCAACAGUCCUGGCUGUCCUGGAACUCAUUUUGUGCUGGUCUAAAACUCACAAGAGAUCCUGUCUUUCUCUGCCUCCCAGGUGCUGGUAAGAAAAGGCAUAUGCCACCACAUCUGGCCUGCAUCCCAUAAUCUUACAAAAUUACUUUUUGUUUGCAGUUUGUAACAAGAAUUAUCUUUUUUGGUGAGUCUCAUAAUGUGAUUUUCUUCUUUGAAGAUUGUGAUGCUGAUUUAAAACAUCAGCGUGAAAAGAUAUUGUCCCAGGUUUUCUGCUGUCUUAUUUCUACGUAACAAAAGGUUAAACUGUUUUGGACAGCAGCUCCCUAUUGGCUACACUGUGCUGUCUUGUAUAUAUAUUCAAUACAUGUGAAAUUGAAAUUUGAUAAUGCUUUAUGGUGUGCUGGUCAUUGGCCCAGCUUCUUUGAAUGUCACUAUCUUUAUUUGUAAACUGGGAAUUCAGUGGCUACUGUGGAAAUGACAUAGUUGUCAGGAGCCUGAGAACAACUGCUUCAUUCCUGGCAGUGCUUCUUUCUGGCUUUUAUUAGCUUGUGCUGAUGAGUACUUACAAAACCAGAAAAAUGCUAUUCUCCCCGGUUACCAUCUAUGAUAGCUGUUGGAAAGCGGGGGCAUACAUUCAUCUAUGAAGUACCUUGAAUUUUUUUACAGUUAUCCUAAAAAUUAUGUAGGAAUUAUUAGUACUUUUCAUUUGUACAAGAAGAAACUACACCUUUAAAUUCAGAGAGUUAAAGCCCGUCUCUGAAGGUUUUGUAUAUGUCCAACGCAUAGUUCCCAGCCACAUUUACAAAACGAAAAAGGAAUUGCAUGCAAGUAAGUUGAGAUGGGUGGAUCUAAUGAGGCAGACAGAAGACCUAAAACCUCUUUUUACUGAUCUUAGUGGGACAGACCUGUGCCCGGCAGCAAUGUCCUUACUUCUAAAAGCCAGUGUGAGUUAAUGCUGGAAUUUUGCUGCUGGCUUCCAGCACUGUGCUUGGGAAUCUGAUCUUUAUUCACAAACUAGUUUGGGUUUUGGGGAGUGUUUGUUUGGUUUGGUUUUUCAAGACUGGGAAUAAAGGUGUGUGUCACCACCGCCUGGCUACUGGUUUGUUCUCUAAACAAAAGGUUUUGGUUCUGCAUAGCUGAGUGUCAUGGUCCUAAUCGUGCAUGUAAAUCACUCCUGCAGUAAGUGAGGUUCAGAUACAUGGUCACGUGUGCCUACUGUUUGAGCUAAGCGCAUUUCUGUCAUUUUAACUGAAGUCGAAAGGCAUUCUUUUCAGUUCUGCCCAGUUCUGAUGAAAUCAAUCCUAGGAAUUUUCUGUCCCAUUUUUGAGCAUUUUUAAAUUGGGGAUUAUUUUACUUAUACAUGUCACUUCAGUGUAAGCUGCCUUACUAUAUUGGUGGCAUUAUUUUUGUUAGUCCAAGCUUUGUUAUGUUUAGAUUCUUCUAAUAUUAAAUCUUAUGUAAAAAUGUAUGAUGUGCUACAAACUUUAUGCAUAAUAAAAACUAAGUUAUAGCCUAUUGUAACCUAUAAAACAUUUCUUGUAAAUUACCUAAUUUAUUUUUCCAUUUAUGUACAGUUUCUUAAUGUAAAAAUUUAAAAUAUUUGUUGUGGCCUGCUCUGUAAACAUUCCCACACUUUUUUCCUUUAAUGCUUAUUUGCAUGAUAAAAUCUUAGAUUCUACUUGUUUGUCCCAUGUGGCCAGCCAUUAAGCCAGCUUCAGGGUGUCUACCUUUUCUGUAGUUUCUAACUUUUUCUAAUUUGUUAAUAUUCUAAAUAAGUGUUAGAAUCAUGCCUUUUAUACCCUACUUUCCAAAUAAAUUCUCUUAUUUACUA